AAAGGUGUGGCUAAUUAAGCACAAAUAAGUGAAAUAACCAGUGACUGGAAUAAAUUUUUUCAAGAGUUUUCAUUUUAAUGAAAAAAGGAGUACAGGUCUAGAUGUCUCUCCCUUUCAAUGCCACAGGCUCCCCUCCUUCCCCUGUCAUUGCAGAAGAUCCUUCUCUCGUCCCUGGAUCCCUCCACUGGCUAAUCUCAAAGAUCCCCCUGGUCAUCUCACUGAUUGUCCUCUUAUACUAUGUUGUAUACAUGAGUGUACACGUACUGGCCAUUAGCUAUGCGUAUUUUAAGUUACAUUCCUGGAAGCCAAAACAUCAUUUAGUGAAGCCUGAUUCUCUUCCUGGAGUUACUGUCAUUAAACCAAUCAUUGGUGUUGAUAGAAAUAUGAGGGAUAAUCUUGAAAGCUUCUUCAAACUCUCUUACCCAAAGUUUGAGUUGUUCCUGUGUUUGGCGGAGAGUAAGGCCACGCCUCCACCCAGUCUACCGAUAAUAGAAGAACUGAGAGAAUUAUAUCCACAUGUACCAGUCCAGCUGUUUAUGGGUAAGGGAGAGAGAGAGAGAGAGAGAGAGAGAGAGAGAGAGAGCAGGUGUCUCUCUCUCUCUCUCUUUAUUCAGCUGCCGUAUGUUUCUCCGAAUUCAAUGGAAACUUUUGCUGAUUUUCUUGAUAAGGUGUAUUUUGGCACCCAGCACUCAAGAGUGUAUUUAUGGGCUAAUCUGAUUCGUCGGAACUGUGCCACUGGGAUGUCGUGGGUGAUAAAGAAAUCAGCCAUUGAACAGGAGGGAGGGAUCAAAGUCUUCUCUGAGUAUCUAGCUGAAGAUUAUUUCAUAGGGAAAGCACUGUGGACAAGAGGUUGGACUUUGGCUCUUAGCUCUUUGCCUGCUCUUCAGAAUCCUGGUUCCCGUUCCCUGUCACUGUUUAAGAACCGAGUUAUUAGGUGGGGUAGGUUAAGAGCCACUAUGAUGCCCCUCCCAGUUUUAUUUGAGCCGUUCACCGAGUGCUUUGUGCUAGGGUUUGUUGGUUCAUGUGUUAUACAUUAUCUCAUUAACUCUACUCCUUAUCAACACGUACUACUGGUCUCUGGCCUUCAUAGAUUCAUAUUUAUAUUCAUAUGUCACACACUGAUCUGGUUAUUGUGUGAUCUGUUACUGAUACGAGUGAUUGAGAAUGGUCCUGUUACUUCAUUAUGGAAGGUCCUGAUUGUCUGGAUACUAAGAGAACUAUGGGCUCUACCUCUUUUCAUCACUAGCUCCUGCAGCAGAGAAAUAACAUGGAGGGGAGUUAGGUUUCAACUUCACUUUGGAGGGAAAGCAACUAAAAUUGACUGACUAUUAUUAUUAUUAUUAUUAUUAUUAUUAUUAUUGUUGUUGUUGAUAAAUUCACUGCUACACAUGUUUAAUACUACAAUCAUCUAUUUGUAUUUUAUGCUAUUUUUGUACUAUUUUAUUGUCAGAUCAAAGAUUAUUCUUAUUGCCAUCUUUUACACA